AUGUCGGAGGCUCAGCCAGAUCAGCCUCCUGGCGACCCAUCACCUAAUUCUGCUCCUGCUCCUGCUGCCGAACCUGUUGCUGCUGCUGCUGCGCUCCCUCCUCCGCCCCCUCUACCGCCAAUAUCUACAGACGAAAUAGACAAUCUUACAGAAACUACAAUUGCAACUACAGCCACGACCGACACAGUGCCAGUUUCCGCUCCAGAUGUUGCUACCGCGACUACUUCUACCCCCUCUACCACCUUGGGAACCGUACCUAGUCCAGCGCCGGCACCUGUGUAUACACCUACACCAGCACCUCCUCCUCCGCUCCCGGUAGCGACGUCAGCUCCUAUAUCAUCCCCAUCGGUUGCAACUCCGGCUCCUCCCUCAAUGCCUCCAUACCAGCCAACGUCGACUGUCUCAUCGCCAAACCCGCCGCCAAUGCAAGCGCAGCCUCCAAUGGGAUCAGGUAUGCCUUCUUCUGUACCUCCAAUGCAGCCAAUGGGUCAAUACAACCCCGGUUAUUCGCCCGCGAUGGCGCAAAUGGGCAUGCAGGGAGGCCAGAUGAGUUAUCAGCUUCCGGGCAAUCGUUCGCGAGCGCAUCAGCGAGAAGUAAAAAGACGGACUAAAACUGGGUGUUUGACAUGCCAGAAGAAACCCAGGGAAGAAGGCGGCGGUGGUGGUGCUGGUGUUGUUGGUGUUGUUGUUGUUGGCGGCGGCGGCUCUUUCUCUCGAGGUGCGGCGGGAUGGCGGGAGAUUUUCUGCAGUCGCUUAAGCGUCGUUCUUAGCUCGCGUCUUCCCAUCCCACUUUUUGAUAGAGCCCCGCCAACGACAGUCGCUUACACCACGCUCUUUCACCCCAUUAUAGCCGAGUUUUGCAAUAAUACUGACGCUCAAUUGAGCAAACGCGAGUGUUUAGGCUACGACCCGGUUUUUCGCCAACAACCGGGACCGUCUGACAUACGGCCUGCUGCGAAUUCGCAGCCUGCGCUGGUGGUCAAUCCUCAGGAAAACCACAACCCGUAUCCCUCUGCGCCCCCAGGAUACGUGCCUGCCUCAGCUCAGCCUUUUGCUCCUUCAGUUCAGUCGGAUUCUUCCGUCCAGUCGUUUGAUCAGUCGAGCCUCAGCAACAACAACAACCACCACCACCCUGCCAGUCGGCAAGGCCCCGUUGAGCCUUCCGUAGAGGGAAGCGACACCAUGUCGAUGAUGGCAAGUCUCCAGGAUACCAUCGACGGCUCUAUGUCUCAGCCCGUGGGAACUCCUGAUCUGUCAACGCCGGCCCUCCUGCCAUUUUCAGGACAAGUUGGCCGACAAGAGAAAGUCAAGAUACAAGACCUUCUAGCGCUUCAAGGCAUUGCUCCGCCCCCACCAUAUCCUAUCGUCCCUAUUCAGCAGGCUCGUCUAGACCAAAUACAGACUGUCUACCUCCAUACAUAUGCGCCAGCCAUUGAUCGAUUUCUAGAGACUCGAUGGUUUCGAGACAAAGGCUUGUCGCAAUUGUUAACAAAUGCGCAACUCAUGGCGCAAUACUCGGCCCUCAUCGAUGCAUUUAAUGACCCAAAGAUAGAUGACCCUGCUGUUAGAGGCCGCGUGGAAAGCUUUGAAGCGUCAGUGGUCUGGGAUACGAUGUCGAUUUGCCGUUCAGCCCGUAAUCUGGUGCGGAACGGUAACACUGAGCCUAUGCAGGAAUACGAUCUGCUGACCACGGCGAACCGGUUCGAUAUUUUGGAGGCAUUAAUCACAGACGAUCAUUUGAAGGAUAACCCAUUACGAGCAGACCUCACCCGCGAACCACCGCCAAAUCCAAACUCUUUGCAAGAUCAACUACGUUUGCGAUCUUUGAAUUUCUGGAAUUGCAUCGGACACUUCCUUACGCUUCAGGAUAAUGAGGCUUCCUCUGCUGUGGAAAUUGACGACACGCUAGGUCGUUGUCGCGCGCUGCUCGACCAAAUUGAGAACCGAGACGUGAUCUACUCUAUGGCUAUUGGGCGACACCUCGGUCAGCGUCUGUUAGACUUUCAUCCGCGAAAUAGACCGGACAAUUCAAGUGAUGAGAGGAACGCCAACACAAAGCUUCUUGUUGCGCAAAGGUUCAUUGAAGACGAGGCCAAAGAGAAAGGUACAACGCAAGUUGUCAAACGCCUUUGCGGUAUGGUUCAUAGGCUGUGGGAACUGAAAAAUAUUCUACUUCCACGCGCAUGA